UGUAUUCAUCAUCCAAUAAUAAGAUGAAGAUUAUUCACAUGCUCUUCUUUUUCACUGUUUUCUCAUUCACUAUUUCCCAUGCUUCUUUGAAUGAUUUUUGUGUUGCAGAUUUAAAGGCUCCAAACACCCCUUCAGGUUAUCCCUGCAAACCCCUUGCAAGAAUCACAUCAGAUGAUUUUAGCUUUCAUGGCCUUGUAGCUGGAAACACCAAUAACUCUUUCAAAUUUGGUUUCAACAGCGCAACUAUCACCAAUUUUCCAGCCCUUAAUGGACUUGGAAUCUCUGCGUUGCGAAUAGACAUUGACCAAGGCGGAUCAAUUCCAAUGCAUACUCAUCCCGAUGCAACCGAAUUAUUGAUAGUAGUUCAAGGUGAAAUUACUGCUGGAUUUUUGACGCCUACUACAUUUUAUUCUAAGACGUUGAAACCGGGUGAUAUUUUUGUUUUUCCAAAAGGGAUGUUGCAUUUUGCAGUUAAUUCUGGUAAGGGAAAAGCUACUGCUUUUGGUGCUCUUAGUAAUGAAAAUCCUCGUACUAAAAUACUUGAUCUUCUUUUGUUUGCGAAUAAGUUACCUUCUAAUUUAGUUGCACAAACAACUCUGCUUGAUCUUGCUCAAGUGAAGAAGUUAAAGGCUCAAUUUGGUGGAAGUGGAUAGAGAUAUAGGAAUUUAUUUUUAUUUGUUAUA